CACGGAAAAUGCGCUUCACAAACUUAGGAAGAACAUAAGAAGCAAUCUGAGCAGAGAUCGGCGGUGGCCUCUCAGGUUAUCUGUGACGACAGAGACCCUCAGCAGAAAUGAACGCCGCCCCCCCUGCAGGAAGCGCCCUGGGCCCCACUGCAACGGCCGCCCCAACCACACCCAAGAAGGGACCACCCAAAUUCAAGCAGAGGCAGGCCCGUACAUUCAAGAGCAAAGCCCCAAAGCCAGGCCAGAAAGGCUUUGGCGACGACAUCCCCGGCAUGGAGGGCCUCGGCACAGACAUCACGGUGGUUUGUCCUUGGGAAGCCUUCGGCGACAUGGAGCUCAGCGACUUGGCCAAAUACGGCAUCAUCUAACCCGGCCUCCUGUCCUCCGCCCGGCCUCCUCUCCUCCGCCCGGCCUCCUCUCCACCCCGGCUCGGCACGCCACCAUAAGACUGCCAGCGAACCCACUAAUGCCCCCUCGUCUACCUACCUCAUGCCUCACUCCACUGAGUGGAAGGAGGCCAUGAUCAAGUUAUUUUUAUAUGAUUAUAUGAUAUUUUCUUAUAUUUAUAUAUAUAUAUAAAUAUAAAUACGUGAAAUGAGAAGACGAGAAAAAAUAACCACUUACCGUAUUCCCUUCUACCGACACCCCCCCCCCCCCCCUCUUCCCUUUUUCUGACCUACGGCCCCCCCCCACCCCAACCCAUGGCAAUGGACGCGAGCAAAACACUCGCUUGUCUUUGCUUCUAGCUGUCUAUGAACAUGUACAUAUUUUGUUCCCAGCGUUGGACCUGUUGACCUUGUCUCACUUCCUACCUUUUGUACAUCCUCCCACAUUUGUUUGGAGUUGUCUUUUCUACUCUUUGUGCACAACUGUAACUGUACUGUAAACACCAAGGGACGCAAGGAGAGUGUGUGAUAUGCUGCAAUGCACCUUCACGUGAUCACGGAGGAUCGACUUCCUUUAAUCCCAUCCGUCUCUCUUUCCUCCAUCCCUCCCUCCCUCCCUCCCUCCUCCUCCCUUUCUCUCUUUCUCUCUCCCCCUUCCUCCAUCUCGUUGCUGCUAUCUGAACCCUCUCCCGUCAGAGAAAAACAAAGGCAUAUGCUGUAAGUUAUGUGUUGCAAGCACAGGAGAUGUAUGUGAAUUGGAACGUUCUAAUAGAUGCAGUAAAAUGUGUAUAUUUAUAGUA